AUGACGUCCGUUGAUGCGAAACUGCUGAAGUCAACCAAAUUUCCACUCGAAUUCAACCAGAAAGUCGACUUCCAGAAGGUUAAUUUGGAGGUAAUGAAAAAGUGGAUCGCUGGAAAGAUAUCAGAUAUAUUGGGAACUGAAGAUGAUGUCGUAAUUGAACUGUGCUUCAAUUUAAUCGAGGGUUCUCGCUAUCCAGAUAUCAAAAAAUUACAAAUACAACUCACCGGUUUUCUCGAUAAAGAUACCCCGGCUUUUUGCAAGGAGUUAUGGAAGCUUUGUUUGAGUGCGCAGACCAAUCCUCAAGGUGUUCCCAAGGAACUUCUUGAGGCGAAGAAGUUGGAACUCAUACAAGAAAAGAUACAAGCUGAGCAGGCUGCAGAUGAGGCACGUCAACGCCGCGAAGAUGGUGAACGGAGAGACCGCGAAAUGCAUGCAAUAAGAAAUCGUGAACGAGGCGAUCGCGGCGGACGUGGGCGAGGAGGAGAUAGCUGGCGCGGUGGUCGCGGGGAUCGAGAUUUUGAUCGAAAUGGCGGCAGAGGAUUUGAUCGAAGAGGUCCAAGAUAUUCGAGGUCACCACGUGGAGGCCGAAACAAUAGAGAUUAUGGUCCGCCGCCUCGAAGAGAAUUCGAUACUUACGUUCCCGCAGGGCGUGGUAGACGGGACGAAAGACGAAGACCAUCUUCAUCACGCUCUAGGUCACCUUCAAGAUCAAAGUCUGCAUCACGAUCUCCAUCAAGACGACGCAGCCGGUCAGCUUCAGAAUCUCGGUCACCGUCACCUCGUAGACGGAGGUCCAGAUCGCCAGAUAGACGCAACCGUGGGAGAGGUGGCAGGGGACGCGCGAGAAGCCCAGAAAGAAGACCUCGCCGUAGAUCCCCUUCACCUUCGAAAUCCCGCUCUCCGCCUCGAAAGCGGAGAAGAGCUUCAACUGAAUCUUUAAGUCGUUCCCCACCGCCGAAGUCUCGCAGAUACAAUCGUCGCAACACAAGUUCUAGAUCUAGGUCUCGAUCCACUUCUGCCUCACUAAGCCGUAGCCCAGCUCCACGGAAGAGAACUACUUUAUCCCCAACUCCUGUCAGAAAUGAUAGACGAGGUAGUCGCGAUCAGAGGCGACUAACGCGGAGCAUUAGCCGAAGUGCUUCUCCCCCUGCUAGAAGUAGUAGGAGUCCUGUCAAGGAUGAAAGUCGCGACGGAAGGAUUGAUAAUGGGAAGAGACGCCGUUCUAUGCAAAGAUAUGAACCCGCAAACCGAAGAAGAAGAAAUAGUUCUUCAGGUGUAGAGGAUGCAAGAGACCAAAGGGCUGAUACUGAAGAAAAAAGCGAUAGGGGUUCGCCAAACCGAGAAGUCGAAGCCGCUAAAUCAGCUGGAUCUGCCGAACCUACAGAGAAUUUGAGAAAAGAUCCGCAGAAAUUGGCCACCGAAUUACGAGAAAAAUUGAUGAGGGAAAAGAUCAAGAAGAUGAGAGCUUCGAGCACCACCGAACAUUCAAUAUCUCAUGCUAACGCUCGUUGA